AUGCAUCCGCAAACACACCAUAUUGUCAAUGAACAUGGUAAUAAUCUACAACGAGAAGAACAAGAACAAAAAGAAAUUGGUGAUGAACCUGAUGAUUUGGUUGAAAUACCUGAUAUAAGUAAUAGUAAUACAAAUGUAGUAGAGAUUUCCACCAUCAGUGUUAAAUCACCAAGCGUCAUUAAUAUUGAAGAAUCCAGACAAGAAGAAAAACACCAAAUAACAAUCAAAGAAUGGCUUAAACAAUAUUUUCACAAAUUUCAUAGUUUAAAUGAAAGACGUCCAAAACGUUUACAAUGGCAUGAAUAUAUCUGGAGUUGGCUUGGAGCGUUUAUUGGCAUAGCACUUGUGGCAUUUAUGCAUCACCGUAUUCUAGAAAGACAAGCAUUAUCAUUUAUGAUUGGUUCAUUUGGUGCAUCAGCAGUAUUAAUAUUUGGUGCUCCAAAAUCUCCCUUAGCUCAACCGCGAAAUUUAGUUGGUGGUCAUGUAGUAAGUGCAAUUGUUGGAUGUAUAAUACGUGUUAUACUGGGAAAAUAUGAACAAUCUGUAGCAUGUGCAUUAAGUGUUAGUUUAGCUAUUAUUUUAAUGCAAUUAACAGAAACUCUUCAUCCACCUGGUGGUGCAACAGCUCUAAUAGCUAUUACAAUGCAACCCGGAUUACCAGGGGCAAAUUUUCUCUAUAUAUUAAUGCCUGUUCUAAGUGGAACAUUGUGUAUGUUAUUAGUUGCAUUAAUUGUUAAUAAUUUAGCUACAAGAAGAAGUUAUCCAACAUUUUGGUGGUGA